CUGUGGUUGUCUUUAUUUUUCAGUUUGCCUUUUGUUAGGAGAACUCUGCCUCAAGAAACCAAAUCAAGUUUUUAUUUCAUACUGGAGUUGCAAUGGCUUCAGGGAAGCAAAAUGGACUUGACAAUCUUGCAUUUGAUAUGGAUGUCAAUGAUCAACAAACAGAAAAGGAGGACAAGACAUGUGAGAGCAGCGACAAAAAUAAACCAACCUAUUGUGUGACUGAUGUCCCCCCCUGGUACCUUUGCAUUUUUCUGGCCAUUCAGCAUUACCUGACAGCAUUUGGUGCAAUGGUUUCCAUCCCCCUCAUUCUCUCCGAGGGGCUGUGUCUGCAGCACGACAGCCUGACCCAGAGUCGCCUCAUCAACACCAUUUUCUUCGCCUCUGGCCUGAUCACCAUCCUGCAGGUCACCUUCGGUGUCAGGCUUCCCAUCCUGCAGGGAGGCACAUUUUCUUUGGUGACCCCUGCCAUGGCCAUGUUGUCCAUGCCAGAGUGGAAGUGCCCAGCUUGGACCCAGAACGCCACUCUGGUCAACACCUCCUCACCUCUCUUCAUAGAAGUGUGGCAGACCCGAAUACAAACACUGCAGGGCUCCAUCAUGGUGGCCUCGCUCCUCCAGAUCCUGGUCGGUUUCUCUGGCCUCAUCGGCUUCCUCAUGCGCUUCAUUGGGCCUUUAACCAUCGCCCCUACAGUCUCCCUCAUUGGCCUGUCACUGUACGAUUCAGCCGGAGCCAAGGUUGGCAGCCACUGGGGCAUCUCUGCUAUGACCACCGUGCUGAUCAUCCUGUUCUCCCAGUACCUCCGGCGCAUACCAGUCCCUGUGCCUGCAUAUAGCAAAGCCAAGAAACUGCACACCUCAAAGUUCUAUAUCUUCCAGAUAAUGCCUAUUCUGCUGGGCAUUCUGAUCUCAUGGUUAGUCUGCUACCUCCUCACCAUCUACGAUGUCCUGCCGUCUGAUCCAGCCCAAUAUGGCCACCUGGCUCGCACUGAUGUGAAGGGCGAUGUGGUGAACGAGGCUCCGUGGUUCACAUUUCCUUAUCCUGGUCAGUGGGGCAUGCCAGCUGUGAGCCUGGCGGGUGUGUUUGGCAUGAUGGCUGGAAUAAUAUGCUCCAUGGCCGAGUCUGUGGGCGACUACCACUCAUGUGCCAGGCUGUCAGGGGCCCCUCCUCCCCCAAAACACGCCAUCAACCGAGGCAUUGGCAUUGAGGGGGUCGGCAGUUUGUUGGCAGGGGCCUUGGGCACAGGGAACGGCACUACCUCAUUUAGUGAGAAUGUGGCUGCCCUGGGCAUCACUAAGGUUGGUAGCCGAGUGGUGAUUCUUCUGAGUGGAGUUGUCAUGAUUUUGAUAGGAAUGGUGGGUAAAAUUGGAGCCAUCUUCACCACCAUCCCCACCCCUGUGUUGGGAGGGAUGUUUCUGAUCAUGUUCGGAGUGAUAACUGCAGCAGGAAUUUCUAACCUGCAG